AUUCAGAUGCGCAGCCACGUCGUAGCAGGCCUAGGCUUUUUUGAGGAGCGCGGACUAGGGAGUAGGGAGGACGGGACGGGAGAGAGAGAGAGAGGCGCGUGCGUUCGUGGUCGGUGCCGGUGCGUGCGUGGCGUGGUGGCCGCUGCCGUACGUGAUCCGUCCACCCCCUCUCCUCUUCCGACGCCGGCGACAGCGGGAGGUACUCCCGGGGAGGAAUGGCCGUGGCAAGGGCUCCGCUCGGCGCGGUUGCUGCGAUGGCGGUGGCCGCUCUCGUCUUCGCCAUACUCAUGACCGCCGCCGCUGCGGCGCAGGCACCGGCGCCCGCGCCCACCAGCGACGGCACAUCAAUCGACCUGGGGAUUGCGUACAUCCUUAUGCUGGUUGCCCUAGUGCUCACCUACCUGAUCCACCCGCUUGACGCGUCCUCCCCCUACAAGCUCUUCUGAUCCCUGCGCCUUUCCGUUUGGUCAUGCGGUUAAGGGCGCGAUAGGAUUUUGAGUUAGGCAACGUGCUUAGGUGAGGCUGGGAGGUUUAGGAUGAUGAUUGCGGUCAUCUGGUCUUGCUUGGUAUGAUGUAUUGGAGGCUCGAAGCUGUUGGUGUUCUGAUUGGUUUUGUA